AUGGUCAAGUACGGCUCUUAUACACUGGACGCACCGCCGCCUUUCCAAGGCACAUGGCGCGCGAUCGUCGACCGCCUGUACUACCACUUCCACUUUGUGCGCCUAACUAAUGGAAUCCAGCUGGCGUGUGGCGACUGCGGCGAAAUCGUGCUGCGGCCGGGCGGCGAGAGCUACCUCUUCAUGAGAUGCCGCCGCCACCGGGGAUUCUACGACGGCUUCUGUCCCUUCGUGGGCCAGCGGUAUAUCUUUGACGACGGGGGAAUGCAUAUGCGCCGCGUCAAUAACCAGAUCAAGGGGGAGGGGGAGGGGGAGGAACAGGAAGAAAAGAAACGCUCCCUCAGCGUCCCGUUCUGCCUCUCGCCCGAACCCAUGGCAGAGCCUCCCAUCACAAAUACCACCCGGGACGUAGCCGGGACAGACGCAUACCAGAUCACAAACCACCUCGACUCGGCGCGUUCUUUCUCCGGCCCGCUACAUCAAGAGACGAGAGGCACAGCAGCGCUUAUCGACCCGUUUCCGUUCCAGCCAGCACCUAACACGUCCAUCCCCGUUACUAUGCCGCCAGAUCUUCCGUCCCAGACGCAGAGUGGUCUACACGACAGUGAAGACAAGUCGAACACAAGCGUCCCUGGUACGCGGCAGCCUCCAGCGCUCCACGCCAACCCCCCCGCCACCAGCACGCGCGAAGCAGCUGGCGCCUUCAACACCCUCGCAACACACCUGGCUCGAGUAGACACAGAUACACAGGCGGCCAUCGCUCAGGCACACACCAUCUCUUUGAUGCAGCGUGAGUUGGAGACCAUGCGCGUGGCGAUGGGCCGCCUACGUGCGGAGCGCAGCCGUUUACUUGCUUUCCGGGAGAGUAUCUUUGACAUGUUUGGGCUAGAUGAUCCCGAGGAGUGGACUGUGUAG